AUGGCUGCCCUAUGCCAGGCUGACUUCAAGGUCAAUUUCUCGGCCACGGUGGCACACCCAGCUACCCUCAUGCCCAAGUCACCCAUGACAAGGCUCCCAACUCGAACUAGUGCUCCGAGUCGAUUGCCAAGUUCGCGGUCCCGCAUGACGACUUCAGCAUGUGUUGCGCAUAGCACAGUGGAUUUCCCUUUUGACUUCUUUGAGAGCAUGGUUGAGCCCAUGUGUCUCAUGGUCUGGACAUUCGAUCGCCGUCCUGCUCAGGCCAAGCCAGGUUUGAUCCAAUGGAUGCAUAAUACUGUCCAUCAGACGUUAAAGAAGCCCCAGCAAAAGAUCAAGGAACACACGUUGUUCCAAGUUCACGUAUCGGAAGGCAAGGGCUUCUUCGUCAAGAAAUUACCCACGCACCUCUUUUACUCGGUCUUGACGACCGUGCCAGACGUCGUGCUCAGGCAACCAUUUACGAUUGGAUGUCUGCGAUUCCCCUUGUUGCCCCAGCAAGCCCAGGCACGGGAGUCCCACCUACAGCGCGAGCUUCGUUUGUGCUGGGGCGAGACCGGCGACGAGUUUUGGAUUGAUUUGCUAUUGCGGCAUGGCGUCAGCCUCGCCCUCAAGAACAUUGCAUGGCUUGGUAUAAUAGGGAAGCGAGCACGAAGACUUUUGAAUCAACAUGCCUCUGGCGACGAACAUCUACCGUGGAUUGGGGAACAUUGCAGCGGCAUGGUACGACAGGAACGCGAACAUGAAGCAUGUCAGGGAUGGAACUACACUUGCCUUAAUUAUUCAGGCCACACAUUCGACCCUCACACCGCUGCCAACGCCAACAGGCGUUAUCUUCGCACGCUCUUCCUUUAUUUCUGA